AUGACCGAGGUCACGAUCAAACUUGAUGUAGAAGAUGUGCCCGAACUCGGCACUCGCCCUAUAUGCUUUCCUCGCCGUAAGUUGAGCGCAGAUACCUCAUCUCGCCAGUUUUGGGGAUUCUCCAGCUUCAAUCAGGACCGACUUGGGCCUAUUGGGUUUGCCUUACGCUACAGCGAGCCGAACCAGCGGGGAUGUAUUAUAUCCGAGUCGCUAUUCCCGGAUCUGCCAGACUAUAAGCAAAGUUCUAUUGAGUUGCAAACGAGCAUUCAAUUCGUGAAUAUAGACAGAGCCGAAAGUAUCCCGAUGAAGUGGAGCGGUCAGACUGAGAGCCAGGCCAUGAAUAAAGACAUCCAGUUCUUGUUUUGGCAUUACCUCGGAAGACAUGAACUUACUGGGAUCAAACAGUUGUACCACCUUCUUGACUUCGUUGUACAUCCAGCAGCUCCUCUAUAA